AUGAACGGCUGCGGCGGAGAGGGCAUGAUAUCGCCGGAGGCGAAGGUAUCUCGGGUUCCCGUUUUCUCGGAACUGAUUUCUCGAUUUCUUUCUCUGUUCCGGUCUGAAAUUCGAGCGCCGAUGGCAGCCGCCGCCGGAGAGGAAGUACGGGGGGAUAGCGCCCAAGAAGAAGCCGCUAAUCUCGAAAGUAGGUGCCUUUUUUUGGCUUACUUCAAAAUGGGCCGAAUGGGUCCAUUAAAUCACCGACCCAUUUAUUGACCAACACCCAACUAACUGCGCUUUACGUUGCAGGACACGAGGAGAGCCUUCUUCGACUCCGCUGACUGGGCCCUCUGUAAGGUACGCCCAAAGAAAGACCGGUCCGCUAAAUAAAGGUCACGCCUUUCCUCAUCUGCCUCCCGUGAAGCUUUCUCUCGCUCACUCGCCGUCUCUCCGCAGGAAGGGGCGGCCGCGGGGUCCGCUGCGGAGCCUCUACGGCCGAAGCUGCAGGUUCGGUCUGUCUGGGUACGUUUUGUUUCCGAUUUCGGUCUCGAGGGCAUGACGCGGAACUCUAUGUUUUUAUUCUUUCUUCCCAGCCGACACCUCGCCGGCGCCUGCCACCUCGAAGGCCGGCCUGCACCUCCGUCGGGGACGAGCUUAGCUUUCGCGGGUAG